UUUAUUGUUCACAAUUUUAUAACACUUGUUGUUCUACUUCUUGUUUAAUUCCUGUUUAUAAUUUUAAUUUUUCUUGGCCGUGUUAACAAUGAUUUUUUUUGAUAAAUCAAAAUUUUUGUUGUUGUUGUUGUUGUUGUUUGUCGUCGCUGCAGAAGAGCCUGCGGAAGAGAAAAAAGAAGGUUCAGUUCACCGAGAUGCUGUCUUGGUAAGGCUCGAGCAAGGUAAGAGGAUCUCUCUCAUCAAAGCUUGGGAAGAGGCCGAGAAAUCCAAAGUGGAGAACAAAGCUCAAAAGAAGCUUUCGUACGUUGGAGCUUGGGAAAACAGCAAGAAAGCUUCUGUGGAAGCUGAGCUCAAAAAGAUCGAGGAGCAACUACUAAAGAAGAAAGCAGAGUACGCAGAGAAAAUGAAAAACAAAAUAGCUCGAAUCCACAAGGAAGCUGAAGAGAAGAGAGCUAUGGCCGAAGCUAAACGCGGAGAAGAUGUUCUCAAAGCCGAAGAAAUGGCCGCAAAGUACCGCGCCACAGGAACCGCUCCAACCAAGCUAUUUGGAUUGUUCUGAUUUAUAUGUGAUCAAUGGAUUUUGAAUACUACUUUGUUAGUAAAAAAGAUUAUUUGUGGCUUAGGAGUUGGUUGGUUGGUGUGAGUUUAAUUUGGCUACAUAGCAAGUUAUAAUGUCAUAAUGUAACACUGUGUUCUGCACUUUUGUUACUCAUUUGUAAGUUGUACAGCUUUUUUUCAUGAAAAAGA